CUUGGGAAAAUGUUCAGUGGAAAACCUAGAAAUGAUGUAAGAGAAAGCAAAGGCAGGGAUUGGAGUAAGGGGUGUAUAACUGAGACUAUAAAAACUCAGAGAGAAAACUCACCAUCAGGGCUGAGUUUGGAAGAAACUGCACAGACAGGAUUCUAAAGUUAGAAUCUCCUGAUUUUUCACAAGAUGCUGGACGGGAGACUGGCAAAUGCACAUUUUAUUCUGGCUGUGACGUUGAUGCUAUGGAGUUCGGGAAAAGUACGCUCAGUGGAUGUAGCAACAGAGGCUUUUCAUUCUGGAGUCAUAGAUGUACAGUCACCGCCCACAGUCAGGGAAGAGAAAUCAGCCACUAACCUGGCAGCAAAACUCUCGCUUCUUGAUGAACUUGUGUCUCUGGAGAAUGAUGUAAUUGAAACAAAGAAGAAAAGGAGCUUCUCUGGUUUUGGGUCUCCCCUGGACAGACUCUCGGCUGGCUCUGUCGAUCAUAAAGGUAAACAGAGGAAAGUAGUAGAUCAUCCAAAAAGGCGAUUUGGUAUCCCUGUGGAUCGGAUUGGUGGAAACCGUCUCUCAAAUUCCAGAGGCUAAUUGAUUCCAACUGAAAGGCUACAGAGAAUGCAUCCUCUCUCCCAAGCAGACACAACUUCCCUGGGUGAAAUCAUAGAAACAUGGAAGAUGCUUCAGUGAAGUUCUUUACACUCCUUAAUGAUUAACCUUUUAAGGAACUGA